AUGGUCCAGUACGCGAAGAACCAGCCUGCAGGCUUUGUGGACCACAUUAGCAAGGUUGCCAUUAUUGGUGCUGGUGGUAAUGUCGGCAAGCACAUGACACAAGCUCUUCUACAGACCGGAAAGCACACCGUUACUGCUCUCACCCGCAUCGGCAGCAAAAGCGUACUACCCGAGGGCGUCAUCAAGGCCCCCGUCGACUACGCCAACGAGGAUCUCGGGCGGCGCCCCACCGCUGAAGCGAUUGUCAUGUCGGCGGCGGGCAAGGCGGGCGUGCCCCGGGUGAUGCCGACAUGCCACGGCACUGAUAAUGAUAACAAGAAGCUCAUGGAGGAGAACCUGACGGGCGCGCUCGUGUAUGCCAACAUUGCGGCGGCGGAGAAGCAUGGGCUAUCGUGGACGACGAUGAACUGCUCGUUCUGGUACGAGUUCUCGCUCAUGAGCGACAACUGCUACGGCAUCGACAUUGCGAAGCGCAGGGCGAUGCUAUUUGGUCAGGGCGAUGUGCGCAUCUGCACGUCGACGUGGCUGCAGUGCGGCCGGGCGGCGGCGGCGUUUCUGAGCCUCAAGGUGCUUCCUGAAGAUGAGCAGGAUGCAGAUGUGACCAUGGAGAGGUGGCGCAACAGGCCGCUGUUCAUCAAGAGCUUCGUGGCCUCGCUGCGCGACAUGUUGGACAGCCUGUACAAGGUGCUGGCCACGACGGAUAAGGACUGGACAGUGGAACAGGUCGACGCGCAGAGACGAUACGACGAGGGCAAGAAGCUGCUAGGCGGGCCGGAGGGCUACUUGGGCUUCUCGCAUUGCCUGUACACGCGCACGUUUUUUGAGAAUGGCGGCGGUGACUUUAGCGACCAGGUGGUGAACGAGAAGCUGGGCCUGCCAGAGGAGGACAUGGAGGAGGCGACCGAGAGGGCGAUGGACAUGGCCCUGAGUGCGGGCGAGUUUGAGUAUUCCAAGGUGCCGGCUUAG